CCAUUUUCACCACUGCAGCCACCGCGGCCGAACGGCGGCCCGGUGAUGGCGGCGGCGCCACCUCCCACCCCGCCUGCCGUUCUGCUGUGGGGCCCGGGGGUCAGCCAUCGCUGCUGGAAACCGGCUGCCGCUUCCACGCUACGACACAGAAGGGCGGGCUUUUGUGCAACGCAGCCGUAGGAGGGAAGCUUCGCCAGCCGCCGCGCCCCGGCCGCCGCGGGCUGCGCGGCCCGCUCCGGUGCCGGCCUGGGCGGGCCCUGCCGUGGGCCACCCCGCGGGGCCAGGCCAGGCCAGGCCAGGCCGCGGGGCGGGGACGGCGAGGCUCCCGGGGCGGGGACGGCGCGGCAGGUGCCUCCCUCCGCGGUCACGGCGGGGCCGCCGCUUGCCACGUCGGGGGAGUUUCCCGAGGCGAGGCGAGGCGGGCUGGGCCGGGCCCGGCCUUUCUCCUCCUCCGACCCCUGCCCCGGCCCCCGCUACCGGAGACGCGGCGAGCGGUGCCCACUGCUAUGGAGGCCCGCUACAACCUCAAGAGCCCGGCUGUCAAACGUUUGAUGAAAGAGGCUGCAGAACUGAAGGAUCCUACAGAUCAUUAUCAUGCACAGCCUUUGGAGGAUAAUCUUUUUGAAUGGCACUUUACUGUUAGAGGGCCUCCAGAUUCAGAUUUCGAUGGAGGGAUUUAUCACGGGCGAAUAGUACUACCACCUGAAUAUCCUAUGAAACCACCCAGCAUUAUUUUGCUGACGGCCAAUGGCAGGUUUGAAGUGGGGAAGAAAAUUUGUUUAAGCAUCUCAGGGCAUCAUCCUGAAACAUGGCAGCCUUCGUGGAGUAUAAGAACAGCUUUACUAGCUAUUAUUGGAUUUAUGCCAACCAAAGGUGAAGGAGCAAUAGGAUCUCUGGAUUAUACACCAGAAGAAAGAAGAGCUCUUGCAAAGAAGUCACAAGACUUCUGUUGUGAAAUGUGUGGCACAUCUAUGAAGACAGCGCUCUUACCACUAACAUCCGGAAGUGUGUCAAGCCAGGCGGACAAGGAGGCUAAAGAACUUGCCAGGCAAAUUAGCUUCAAGGCAGAAGUCAAUGCAUCCAGGAAGCCUGAUGCUGGACCCUCAAACAUUUCAGGAUUGAACCACUCUGCGGCUUCACGUGAGCCCCAGCAGGAUAGUGCAGCUAGAGCAUUCCAGGAUCCAACAAGUGCAAUGUCUGAAACUCAGAGCAGCAGCGCCGCGGCCAGUCAAGAGCACAGUCCGCCUGUGUCCACUAACACGUCUAUGAGUCCUCGGCAGCGCCGUGCCCAGCAGCAGAGUCAGAGACGGGCUCCGUCUUCGACUGACUUUAAUCGGGUACAGCAACAAAGAGUCAACAUGAACCACACUGGAUCAACUGUUCUGAUUGUCCUUCUGACUUUUGCAUUGGCAGCUCUUAUAUUUCGUAGAAUAUGCUUGGCUAACGAGUAUAUAUUUGAGUUAUAGGGUUGUUUAUCGUAACAGCAGUGACUUGAAUGCUUUAUUGAACAUUCUGUAUUGGGUAUGACAUAAGAACUGUUUACAAAGAUUACUUUUUGUAUUUACGCUUAAAUUCUUAUGAAUGUUAAUGUACCUACAGAUACAUUACUUGUAAGAAAAGCAAAGUUGGAAGUUAAACUACCAACAAGUGUUAAUUGAGUGCCCACUAGAUACUUGGAGAAACAGUGCAGUGGAAUGGUAACAUUAAGGCAGGUAGGAGGGGAGUCAAUUUGAGUAAUUUAUCAACUAGAAAAAGACAAUUUUAAAAAAGUGGUUGAUUCACUUUUUUAUGGAGUGUAAAUGCAUUCAAUCACCCCAACUAAGUUAGUACAAGAUUUGACAUUGGAGAAGGAAUUAUAAAAUGAAACACUACUAUGUGUUUGUGUCCAGUGAACUCUUAAUUUAGAGGGGAUACGGUUUUUUAACCACUUUUAUUUACCAUGACUCAUUUCUAGAAGGGGAACAUGUACGAAUUGGUUGUGAUGCUGCUUUGUGUGUGUGAAAGGGGGAAAGGAGUAGGGGAGGAAAGCAGGGGCCAGAAAACUACUUGCAUUAUUUUGAUUUUAUUUUUUGGAAGAAAGAUUGGAUAAUCUUUUGCAAGAUUUGAAUGUCCUCUUCUAAUACUCGCAAUUGUAUAUCUUGGUUUUUUAAAUUUGAAGAUUAUAUAAAACAUGUCUAUUCUUGCAAUAGUUAUAAAUAUAUAAUAUAAUUAUUUACCCAGAGCUAUUGUCUUUUAAUUAUACCAGAAAUAUACAUGUGUUGAACUGAAUGUUUCAUAUGUGGUUUUAUUUACUAAAGAAAAUUUAAACCUUAUUAUACUUAAACUCUCAUAUAUAUGAACAUGCUUAAAAGAAAUAUUUAUUAAAACCCUGGCAGUAAUAAACAGUUUCAAGCCAGUCUUCAGUUAUGUUUCAAGUAUUACAUGGCCUUUUGUUUUCGGUUUCUGGGGUUUUUUUGGUUUUUUUUUGUUUCAGUGGUUUUUUUUUUUUUUAAACAUAAAAUCAAUAUUGGACCCAGAGGCUUUUUGUAUUAUCAGUUUAUUAAAAAAAUAACUCGUAAUAUUCAUGAAUGCUGUGAAAUCACAUAUACAAGCAAUAGACCUACAAUUGUUAGGUUUUUGAGAGGUUUUGUCUGUCAAUGUUUAAGUAUUGCAGUGAAGUAGAAGGCGGCAAUCAGUGGGAUAAUUUUCCUCUUGUAUUAUUGUUCACAUUUAAAUGUAUUCUAGCAUGUUUAUUUCAAAGACAAUGAAAUUUAGCUAACUCAUUUCGUUGCUGUCAAACACGAUAGCACUGACUUAAGUGAGAUUCUCAUCCUGUUUCUCAGCAAGUAUUUGUCAAGCUACCUACAGCUUUCCUAAAUUUUGUUAAAUAUAUUAUGUAUUAGUGUUGUGAAACAUUGAAGUAGCUGUAACAACUUCUAAAAUAAGGAAGGCCCAUUGUGUGUUUAAGGGGGAUGUGGAAAUUAAAAAAAGCAAAACCUGA